AUGACAAUGAGGAUCCCCCCCUACUCUCCCCCAAAGCAAGGCAAGAAACGUGCCAUUGAAGAGAGCCCAGUCUUAGAAGCACCCGGCUCGACUGAUCCGGCCGUGAACGAGAGCCCCCCCUCCCAAGAAGAGGCCCAAAAGGCCAAGGCUAAUGGCGGUACUGAGGUGAAAGACAAGACACUUGCUCUCGACGAGAAACCGGUCUUAGAACCACCUCUUUCGAACGAUCCUGCCGUGAGCGCGAGCUCACCUCCCAAGAAGAGAGUGAGGACUCGAGCCAAGAAGGCCAAGGCUGAUGGCCGCAUUGAGAAGAAGGGCAAGACGCCUGCCCUCGACGAAAACCCGGCCCCAGAGGCACCCGGUUCAACUGAACCGGCCGCGAACGCCAGCGCACCCCCCAAGGUCAAGGUCAAGGCCAAGAAGACCGAGACUAAUGGCGGCGCCGCAAAACGCAAGAAGCCAUGGCUGGACGAGGCUCCCCAGGAUCAUAAGGUCAAACUUAUGAGACUGGCUGGAAAGUCUUCACGACUGUUUUUCGCUGGAUACCAGGUAGCCGGUACCCCCAAGAACCCCCAGAUUUCAUUUGAUGUCAUAGGGUCGACGGGCAACCUUUACAAGACUACUAUCAAGGAAGUGUCCUCUUGUGACUGCCCUGACUCGAGGUUCCGCGGGAGAAAUGAAAAUUGCAAGCACAUCCUCUAUGUGCUUGUGCGCGCCCUCAAAGCCCCCGAGGAGCUGCAAUAUCAGCGGGCCUUUCUACCAUCGGAAAUUCGCUCAAUGCUUGAAAAGGCCUCCAAAAGCCUUCGAAUUGACGUCCCGACGGUGACACCCGCGGAAGAGAACGGCAGCACUCGAAAGCCUAUUGAGGGUGACUGCCCAAUAUGCUUCACGGAGAUGACUACCGACGAGAUGAUCGUGUGGUGUAUCACCGCGUGUGGAAACAAUAUUCACGAAGAAUGCCUCAAGCGGUGGGCGGCUUUCUCUCGUGACACUGGUCUGCGCUGUGUUUACUGUCGUUCUCCCUGGACGACAGAGAAGAGUCCCGCCAGUGGACUCGACCUCGAGGACCUCCGCUCCCAGAAGAAGACGCUCGGUCCUAACAGAUAUGUCAACCUCGCCAAGGAGUAUGGAAUUGUUCCUAGCCCGAAGAAAGGGACCGGUGGGGAGGGCGCUGGAGGUAGAAAGAAGGUACCUGAAUCUUCCCAAUAG